CCGCAGUAGAUAGCGCUAGUUCAUUCGGAGGCUGGAGGCCGCUGCUUCAAGAGAUUGUCUGUCGCAGCUCAUUACAGUCAUUAGUGCACGACAGUUUAAGUUCAAGGAUCGCUACCUAAAUUGUUUGUUAUUUUCAGGUGAGGUUGCGUGGGCGCGUGCCGCCCGCCCGCUAUUGCUACAGUAGAAGACAGGCAUCGACGCCGCUCGCACGAAACGCACCGCCGCACAAGCGCAACGAACGACUUCAAAAUGUCCACCGGACCGAAGAUAGUCCAUAAGCAGUUCAACUCACCUAUGGGGUUGUACUCGAAGCAGAACAUCCAGGAAACUCUGAACAAGCACCUGCAUAACCUUGACAAUGGAACUGUUGGAAUCGACUUCAACAAUCCAACCACAGACAAACCAGGAAACCUUGCCAACUCAGCAGUUCUCCGAAUGCUAGAAGAAGAAGAAAGAAACAGGAAAGGAUACCCAAAGUUAGAUCCAACCCAAGUCCAGGCGAUCUUGGAAAACUUGGAACAUACGAAACGCCGAUUUGACGACUUUUGGCCCCCAGGAAGUAAGAGACCAGCACGUACCUGGAAUGGACAAAUCAACUCCACUUCCUAUCUUUACCCUCAGUUAUUGAAGGCUACCAAAGGCCAAAAGAAAGUGGUGUGGCCCCCAACGCCUGAAACCAACGGGUACCAUAAUCCACAAGAGCAGCAGAGCCCAGGGUACUACAACAACGCGCAACAUUCGCCGUCGCAACCUCAAUACUCCCCUCAACCUCAGUCCCAACCUACUCAGCCUCAAUACCAACCAACCUACUCCCCUCAACAGAACCAAACACCUAAUCAAAACCAAGCUCACUGUGAAGGCCGACGCCAGGAAGUCACAGGGCUAAGUAAACUACUCCCAGUUGGGCCCGGUGUAACAGCGGCCCCUGUUUCUCCUCCUUUCCGCCAGGCUCCUACAGGCCCAUUAUCCCCCUCUGCACAGCCCUACCGUCAGCAGCAAAGCCGUUGGGCACCUGUACCAGCUCCUAUCUCACCCCAGCCACAGUCGCAGUACUCCCCACAGCCACAGUACUCUCCUCAGCCACAUUACACAGAGCCACAGUAUCAGUUUCCUCAAAAACAGUUUGAGCCGCCACCAACAACUAUCACUCUUCGUCCGCAACAACCAAUUCAUCAGUCGCCAUCACCUGUCUUUCCUAGUCAACCUGCCGCAGCGUCUUUCCAAGGAGGAAUCAACAUGAGGGGUGACAUGAAAUGGCCGCCACAGUCCGUGAAAGAAGCUGUAGCUGCAGAAAACGUGGCAAGAAGGGAGUUGGCCAAAGGCCCGGCCUGCAGACCACGCAAGGUUAAGAGGGAUUAUACGCCAUUCUUCUCGCAGCAUGCUCUCAAUCACAGCUAUACUAGCUACAGAGUUCCUCCCGGCACGCAGCACUACGAGGAUCACUCGGGUCGAUCAUCCUAUUAAUAUUAAGAGUCCAUAAAGAACUGUCAAAGCAUAAAUCACGCAUGUAUGGGUUUGAUACCAAAUCAUGUAAUUUCUAUUUGUUUUAAAUUGAUUAAUUCUAAAGUACUUGUGUUGGCUUUACAGUAUAAAGUCCUCGAGCAUGUACCGAAUAUUAUAAGCAUACUUUUUUAUUUAAUCGUUUAGUUUAAGAUUUAAUUCAUAUAAUUCAUGUCACAUGUUUACGAAUUGUGUCAAUGUGCGGGCUAAAAGAUAUUUUUUUCGAUACUGCUUAGUAAUGCUUUUUGUAAACAUUUUAACAAUUCCAAAUAUUUUGAACAGCUAAAAGAAACCAAAUAUGUAAUUGGCUAAGCUAGUCACAUUAGAAUCUUUUGUAAAUAAAAUGUUACUAUUUUGUAUUUCAUUGUUACUUUAUUAUAAUGAAAUAAAAAUUUAAAAGUCCAA